CAAGGUCAGACACUGCAGCACACAGACAAAACACUGUCCUAGAGUCUGUGCGCUUCUGAGUCAAGAGGAGAUCUACACUUUUCCACCAGCCCUCUGAGGACCAAGGACUCUCUUACAGACCAGCCAAGAUGAUGCAGUGUUUUCACUUCAUGGUGGAGCCGGCCAAAAACUUCACGGCCAAGAUAAAGGAAUCACACAAGAGAGCAAAGAAGGACAAGAGGGAGCCUCUGGAUGAGGAUCAGCUGUUUGUGGUGGAUCUGGCUAGAGACCUCAGCCGAGUGUGUCAGAGGUCAGCAGUCCUGGAGCACAUCUGGAACCAGGAUGACACCUGGCCAACUCCUCUCUGCAAGGCUUUCAUCCUGCAGUGGGCCUCUAUGCUGGAGAGCAAGAAGAGGCCUCUGCAGACUGAUGGCUGGCCAGAGAUGGAUGAGGGCAAACUGCCAGAUCUGAUUAAUGAGCAGGACCUGAUGCAGGCCAAAAACGUGAUUCUCAACUGGAUCAAGGAUGUGAGAGCUCAGCCUGAGCAAAGUGUGUGGCCUGGGGAACCUGUGGCAAAGGUUCUGGAGGACCUGCAGUCAGCCUGGCGUUGGGGCCGUGCACCCAAUCUGCUGACUGCUAUGGAGCUGGUCAUGUGGACUUUAAUGCUGCAGCGCCCAGAUAAGGACACCAUCCCGCAGCAGUGGCUCAUGUGGAAGCAGAGGACUCAGAAUAUUGGUGCCAUAUCCUACGUUCCUCAACCAGUGUGGGACUGGAUCUCAGAUGCUGCAGUUGAGGUGACUCUGGAUCUGGACACAGCCAACCCAGAUCUGCUCAUCUCCAGUGACGAGAAGAAGAUGCGCUGUGGCUUUGAGAGGAAGGAUGUUCCCAACUACCACCAACGCUUCGACGGCUGGUGGUGUGCUGUCGGGGUGGAGGGCUUCGGCUCUGGCCGCCACUACUGGGAGGUGGAGGUCGGUGAGCGGGACUGGCGGCUGGGCGUGGCUAAAGAGUCAGCCCUGAGGAAAGGCUUCAAGUCGCUGAACACCAAUACAGGGUACCUGACCCUGCGGCUGGAGAGGGGCACUGAGCUGAAGGCGCUGACUGUGCCCUUCACUGCCCUGCCGCCUGGCCUCAUCCCCCGCAAAGUGGGCAUCUAUCUCGACUACGACCAUGGCCAGCUGUCCUUCUAUGACGUCGACAAACACUUGCACAUUUACACCUACAAUGAGAGCUUCACUGAGAAGCUGUUCCCCUUGUUUGGUACAGUGGAGAUUAUCAAGGAUCUGGUGAUCAAGUCCCCAGCAGCUAAGACCCAAUGUCUCUGCUCCACAUCCUGCCUCUGGGGUUGAGCUUCCUUCUGUCACCUCUUCCUUCCAAAUCCAGUAGACAUCAUGUUAAAGUAUAAUAAACCAGGUUAUGUAAUACUGUAAUCAGAAUCAGAGAUCCUGAUGUAAAAGACCAUCAAUAGCUCCAGUAUGUGACCACGCUCUAUGCUGCUACUGCUUCACUGUGAUUGUUGCUGCCACUUUCUCUCUAUAGAGUUAUCAUGUUGCCCGCGUAGAAGGAGUCUGUUGCGCUACAGUCCGUCCACUAAAACAGGUCGGAGCUCUCAGAAUAAGACAAUAUACUACACAGUUCAAUGGGCCUCUUGUCAACAACUGAACCUAUGUUACCAUGUUAUCAUGUUUCCCUUUGCUCACAUACAUAAUGUAUUUUCAUACAUUUAAAACAAAGCCUAUAGCAUUAAUGUACUGUAUUGUGCAAUAUUAAUCCUGCAGUGAGAAUGCACUCUGUGAAUAAUAAAUAAAGCAAAUGUGUGUCUUAAA